AUGAGUUUGUGUGAAUGUGUUUGUCAGGACAGGGUGCUGUCACUGUUCCCUUCGGGUCCCCAGGCAGAGUUCUACGCCCCUGGAGACGUUUCAGAGAAAAUUGUGUGGUGGAGUUGUGCGAUUGGAGGAAGCCUUAUAUUCUCUAAAAUUGCGAGUCUGGCAGCCCUCGCGCUCCUGGCCCCAGUGCUUGGGCCUUGGGCUCUUGCAAGUCUGCGAAACUGCGAGUUGCUGUCCAAGGGUUGGAGCUAUGGGGGCAUAUGGCAUGCACAGGUUCUUGAGGUGGAGCCACUUGACGUGCGGGCGGACACAUUCAGUGAUCGCCAGGGGGUGGGAUGGCAGCAGCGGAGAUCCUAUCAGUCGAUUCGGGUGCUGUGUGGCGACCCAUGGCAGGGAGGGGCUCGUGUGGAAAUGGUGGUGCCGUACGGUUACAGCCAGGAGCAGGUAUCGGCUGGGCAACCGGCAGAACUCCUUGCAUUGUCCAAUGACAAAAGCUUCAGGAACUUCAAGGUAGUACGGGAAGUGUUCUUGCCCCAACUACGCUGCUGGCUGUCGGAAUAUCCCUUCAUCGACAGGUUUGAAUUUGUGAAGGUGCUGAACGCACUGCUUCGCGAACAAGAAGGCAGAGCCCGGGGUUUCCCUGGGCGAUGA